UAUUUUCACUUUAAAGCACCAUGACCAAGGAGGAAUCUUACAGGGAAGAAUUUAGUUAUGACAGAAUGCCAACCUUGGAGCGUGGAAAACAAGAGAAUGGAAAUUAUGUUCCAGAUAUUAAAUCAAGUGACCUUCAACUAUCAAAGAGGUUUCAUCCGUGUUUUAGUUAUAAAACAUGGAUAUAUUCUUUGCUGAUGGGGACUUGCAUCCUUGUUACCUCUGGAUUUUCACUUUAUUUGGGGAAUGUUUUUCCAUCUGAAAUGGAUUACUUGCGCUGUGCAGCAGGUUCAUGUAUUCCCUCAGCAGCUGUGAGUUUUGCCAUAGCCCGAAACAAAGUUAAUGUGAUACCCAAUUUUCAGAUGCUGUUUGUUUCUACAUUUGCUAUCACAACAACAUGUUUAGUUUGGUUUGGAUGCAAACUUGUCUUGAACCCUACAGCAGUAAAUAUAAAUUUCAACUUGAUUCUCCUCAUUCUACUGGAAAUUUUCAUGGCAACUACUGUAAUAAUUUCAGCAAGGUUUAACGAGGAGUGCUGCAGGAGGAAGAAAACGACAAUGUAUGAUAGUGCGAUCACAUUGAAUAAUGUCAGCUUUCCAACACGGAUCCUAAAAUCCUACUCAGUAAUUGAAGUGAUUAUUGGAAUUUCUGCUGUGUUUGGUGGAAUAAUAGCUUUGAAUAUGGAUGUGCUAGUUUCAGGGCCAUAUCUUUCAGUAACCUUCUUUUGGAUUUUAGUGGCUUGUUUUCCCAGUGCCAUUGCAAGUCAUGUUGCCGCUGAAUAUCCAAGCAAAUGCUUGGUAGAAGUCCUGAUUGCCAUAAGCAGUGUUACAUCUCCAUUAUUAUUCACAGCUUCAGGAUACUUGUCCUUCAGUAUCAUGCGAAUUGUUGACAUCUUUAAAAACUAUCCACCAACAGUUAAACAGUCUUAUGACGUGCUCCUCCUGCUUCUAAUGCUGAUGCUGUUAAUUCAAGCUUUCCUGACUACUGGCACUGUCAUAUUGUGUGUAAGCUUCAAGGCAAAAAUGAAGAUGCGGGACUCAGUGUGGGCUGUGCCACAGAUGAACAAACAAGAGUACAAAACAACAGAGGUUUCCAAUAACAGCAUGAAGGAUUUUGACAAAGAGAAGGCUUGGAAAGCUGUUGUGGUGCAAAUGGCCCAGUAAUCUGGAAUUAGGAAACUGAAGCAGGAAUAAGGGCAUGCUAGCCUUUGCAUUUGCAAGUGUUAUGGUCACAGUCACAAACACCAUGACAGCCCUAUUGGCCACUUCCCUGUGGUUUCCAAAUAGUAGAAUCUAGUCAGAAUGUUAGCACCAUGCAGUCUUCCUUUAAAACCUCUCUCAUGUCUUUCUAAUAACUUAGAAAUUAGUAUAGCUUCAAGUUUGCAACACAACUUGUUUCAACAGAGUGUGUCUUUCAUUUUAUAGUACUAGCAUCUUAAUUGUGAUGAUUUAUUUGCAAACUGACUCUACAACAAGAAACUGCCAAUUAGAAAUUAAGUCCAUCCGAACAGCUAAACAUAAGUAGCUGUGUGGUAGGUCUUGCUUAUUGCAAGAGAACUAAUAUAACCACUGGUAUUCAGUUGAUGUUAACAGGCACAUUUAUAAAGUUACAAAUGCGUGUCAUCAUUGAUGCUUUUGCCUAUAAACUACACUUUUGUAGGAGUUAAGUCCUUGAGAAUCGCGUAUUACUUUUGUAUAAAAUAAACAUCUUUAUCACAAGUCGG